UUUAUCUAAGAGAAAUUGAAAGGCCGGUGAAGAUAAGCAGUUCAGUCAGAUUCUUUCUGGUGCUGCAGGUUGGAGCUGGCUGGUUUCUCCAUUAUUAUCAUCCUCAUCACCAUAACCACAACCACAACCAUCAUCAGCACCGUGUGUGUGGAGGGCAGCCGCAGCUAUUCUCUAUUCCAGCCGUCUGUGUGCAGGGGCUUGUCGGCCUCUAUAGCGUCGCAACACUCGUCGCUUCUGCCGCGGCUGGUUUAGAGACUAUCUGGAGAGGACGUUAACAUGAAGACUUCGAAGAAAACAGCGUUAAGUGAAAACACUCUUUUUGGGAUGGGAAAUCCCUUGCUUGACAUCUCAGCUGUUGUGGACAAGGAUUUCCUUGACAAGUUUGGCCUAAAGCCCAACGACCAGAUCCUCGCCGAAGACAAACACAAACCCUUGUUUGAAGAAAUCAUAAAGAGGAACAACGUGGAAUACCAUGCCGGUGGCUCAACCCAGAACUCGGUGAAAAUCGCUCAGUGGAUGAUCCAGGAACCCCACAAAGUCGCCACCUUCUUCGGCUGCAUCGGGACCGACCGCUUUGGGGAGAUUCUGAAGACGAAGGCGGCGGAAGCCCACGUUGACGCCUAUUAUUACGAGCAAAACCAGGAGCCGACGGGAACCUGCGCUGCCUGUAUCACUGGAGAAAAUAGGUCCCUUGUUGCUAACCUGGCAGCGGCAAACUGCUACAAAAAGGAAAAACACCUGGACUUGGACGGCAACUGGGAGCUGGUGAAGAAAGCCAAGGUCUAUUAUAUUGCGGGUUUCUUCUUGACUGUGUCCCCAGAGUCCAUCCUCAAAGUGGCCAAGCACGCUUCAGAUAACAACAAAAUCUUCUGCCUGAACCUCUCAGCACCGUUCAUCAGCCAGUUCUUCAAGGAGCCCCUGAUGAAGGUCAUGCCCUAUGUCGACAUCUUGUUUGGCAAUGAGACGGAGGCCGCCACGUUUGCCAAAGAGCUGGGCUUUGAGACCGAUGACAUCGCAGAAAUUGCGAAGAAGACCCAAAACCUUCCGAAAGAAAAUGACAAGAGGCAGAGAGUGGUGGUCUUCACUCAGGGCAAGGACGACACCGUUGCAACUGUUGGUGAGAAGGUAACUAUGUUCCCUGUGUUGGACAUCGACCAGAAUGAUAUUGUGGACACUAAUGGAGCAGGGGACGCCUUCGUGGGAGGAUUCCUCUCCGCGCUGGUCCAAGACCAAGUACUGGAGGAGUGUAUCCGAGCCGGACACUAUGCUGCUAACGUCAUCAUCCAGCGGGUUGGCUGCACUUUCCCAGAGAGGCCAGAGUAUCACUGACACUAGUCAGCUCUAGUCAUUUAUCUUUGCAUUCAGACCUUUGGAUUCGUUCUAUUCUCAUGAAGUUCCCGUAUUUCUUCCCAUUUUCAGUCAUUACAAAGGACUAUAUGCUGUGACUUAAAGCUGCUUUAGGCAGCUUACACCUUUUGAUACAAUACAAAUAACACGGAAAGUAAAGCAUAUGGUCAAGUUUAAAGGAGCAUUUCACUGAAAAACUCCACAAAAUUAGAUCCAUAUACUUUCUUCAUACUGUUUUGACAUUUUUCCUCAUUUAUUAUUGUUUAGGCUCAACAGUUAUAAUUUCAUUUCCUAUUUAAAUCUGUGAGACGUUGAGUAGGUUCUGAAGUUGCCCCUAUUUCCAAACUUUCACGCACACACAGACAUCGUAAACUCAUACACACGACCUGUAUCUGAUAAACAGUACCCUGAUUAUCUUCAUCAUUCCCUGUUUUAAUCCUACGGGGAGGUGUCGGGAUACUGUGAAGGUUUCUUAAAAAUAUAAUUUAGCUGAAUAUUCCUUUAAUGUUCUGUAAAAAUGAUGCAAGGUGCAUAGGAGGGUUACAAAUUCCCAAAAGUGAGUCUUAACAGGAACGACCUGGAACCAAUUUGUAUGUUUUUUGGUUUUUUGGUUUUUUUUUUUGGUUUUUUUUUUUGUGAGAAAUAAAGCAUUAUAAAACCCAGAA